UUCUGGUUACGGGGUCGGACAAAGGGCAAAGGUCAGCCUCCUGGUUGGAGAGCACCUCCUUUUUUGCCAUGGCGGCGUCUGGGGAACCCGGCCGGCAGUGGCAGGAGGAGGUGGCGGCGGUGGUAGUGGUGGGCUCCUGCAUGACCGACCUGGUCAGCCUUACUUCUCGUUUGCCCAAAACUGGUGAGACCAUUCAUGGACAUAAGUUUUUUAUUGGCUUUGGAGGGAAAGGUGCCAACCAGUGUGUCCAAGCUGCUAGGCUCGGAGCAAAGACAUCCAUGGUAUGCAAGGUUGGCAAAGAUUCUUUUGGCAAUGAUUAUAUAGAAAACUUAAAACAGAAUGAUAUUUCUACAGAAUUUACAUAUCAGACUCAAGAUGCUGCUACAGGAACUGCUUCUAUAAUUGUCAAUAAUGAAGGCCAGAAUAUCAUCAUAAUAGUGGCCGGAGCGAAUUUACUUUUGAAUACUGAAGACCUGAGGGAAGCAGCCAAGGCCAUCAGCAGAGCCAAAGUAAUGAUCUGCCAGCUAGAAGUAACUCCAGAAACUUCUUUGGAAGCCCUGACCAUGGCCCACAGCAAUGGAGUGAAAACAUUGUUCAAUCCAGCUCCUGCCAUUGCUGACCUGGAUCCUCGCUUCUACGCCCUCUCAGAUGUGUUCUGCUGCAAUGAAACUGAGGCUGAGAUCCUAACUGGCCUCACGGUCAGCAGCCCUGCAGACGCUGGGAAGGCUGCACGGGUGCUCUUGGAAAGGGGGUGCCAGGUCGUAAUCAUCACCUUAGGUGCUGAAGGCUGUGUGAUGCUGUCACAGACAGAACCUGUCCCAAAGCACAUCCCCACAGAGAAGGUCAAGGCUGUGGAUACCACGGUGAAAGCUGCUCCUGAUCCCAAAGCCCGUUGGCCGCAGCUUCCAGCCUUCUCUCCUCGACCCUCCUGUAGAGAGUCCUGCAUCGUCAAGGCCCAUGCACUUUACUUACAAUGCCUGGACCUCCUUUCCUGAUCAUUCCGUUCAUCUCCACCACCAUUCUUCCCUCCACCCCAUCCUACAGUCAUCCUAUCAGAUGACUCCAGUGCCAUGAGGAUGCCCUCACUUCCAGUGACUCUUCACCUCCACGCCAGCCUCCCACCUCCACGAGACUCCCAGGAAAUGGCUAAUACCUGCACCACUCCCAUUAUGUGGGAAUAAGCCUCACGUCCCACGCUCUGACCACAACCAGCUCUCUCACCUCUUCUCCUGCCCUUGUUCUCACUGUCCUCCUAGUUCCCUCUGUUUUCUUCUGACCUGCUGACUCCCUCCUGACCUCCCCUCCUUCCUUAGCCAGGUUAGACUAUCUGGUUGUUCAUCUGAGAUGGUCUUUCCUGAAAUUCUCUCCCCCACACCUGCCCAGGGCAACUCAAGGUCCCAUUCUCUUACCGGCUCCUGCCCCAAGAACACUGAGGAAAGUGGGAUCCUAGACAGGGGGACGUCAUUAGAGAUUCACCGUCUCCACUCUCUCCUCCCUGUCAUUCUUCACUGCAGUAGAAAACCUAAGCCUUCCCGUGGGGAAAUAGGAAAAUUCAAGCAGUAGCCAAAAGCCCAAUCUCUCUCUCCCAAAAUAGCUUCCGCACCUGCUCUGUUGCUGGAUGUCCACACAGAUGUCCUUGGAACAACUCCUGACUGCCCUUUACCACCUUUAUUUUUCCCUUGGGCAAGUUAUUUAACCUCCUUGAAUCCGAGUUUCCUCAGUUUUCAAAUAAGGACCCUCCAGUGUCGCUGCCAACCUCCAUGGCACUUUGUGCAAAUUAGAAGAAGGUGCCCCUUUGGCCAGGCACACAGCUUGAUGAGCAGAGCGUUGCCUGUGGACCCAUGGUCACCCCCUCACCUGGACGCCCUUGUGCAGUGCCACCUUGCAUCACCAUACACUGCAGCCCCAACCACGCCUACCUCUCUACAGGCUCUGGUGAAAGAAAGGCAAAGAUUCGCACAGCGCACAGCCAAGAGCCUGACUGAGCAGAACUUGGGACAAAGGAGCUAACGUAGACCACCUGGACGUGGCUCAACAUGCGGGUGUGCUCUGCUGUGGUGGCACCAUCCGCCACUUUCAGGCACCUCUGCCAGCUCCAUGAGCUGGAGCUAUCAGCCCGCCCCCAUCUCUCGUCAAGAGAGCAGAGCCCUGGGGCCCCGGGGUGCUCAGUCCGUUGAGAGUCCGACUCUUGA